GUGUGCAGUAAGUACGUAUUCAUUACCGAUAUAUUUCACAUCUCACAAUGGCCCAGCCCGUCCUAAAGACCGCGAAGCAGUGGAACGUCGUAGGCUACGAUGGCCUUGAAUCCCUGAAAUAUUCAGAGCAGCCAGUGCCUGAACUCGGAGAUACCGAAGUCUUAGUUAGAAUUCAUGGGGCCUCUUUAAAUUUUCGGGACAUUAUGGUCUCCCAGGGGAAAUUCCCUUGGGGCACCAAACCAAACGUCAUUCCUGGCUCCGACGGAGCAGGAAUCGUCGUAGCUGUCGGGAAGCAUGUCAGUCGGUUCCGGCCAGGCGACAAGGUCAUCACCGCGCUCAACCCUCGGCUGAUCGCGGGAUCGUUCACCGAAGAACUAUCAAAAGUUGGGCUCGGCGCCUCGGUCGACGGUACCCUACGCACUGCCGGGGUUUUCGACGAGCAAGGCCUUGUCUCGAUGCCCGAGGGCCUAACUUUCCCGGAGGCGGCGACGCUUAGCUGCGCGGGACUAACGGCCUGGAAUGCGCUCUUCGGCCUAGCUGGGAAACCAGUUGCUGCCGGCCAGUGGGUGUUGACGCAAGGCACCGGUGGGGUGAGCAUCUUCGCCGUCCAGUUCGCUAAGCUCGUAGGUGCCAGGGUUAUCGCGACGACGAGCUCGUCCGAGAAGGCGAGGCUUCUUGAGAAGUUGGGUGCUGACCGUAUUAUAAACUAUCGCGAGACCCCUGACUGGGCCUCCGUAGCCAGGGAGAUUACCGGAGGAUUGGGCGUCGACUAUGUUAUCGAUGUCGUGGGGCCGACUUCGCUGAAGCAGAGCGUCGCAGCUGUAAAACACGACGGCGUGGUCUGCGUCUUGGGAGGUGUUGGCGGCGGUGACGGGGCUACGGAGAUGCCCGUCUUGCUAGAUUGCUGGAUGAAACUAUUCACGGCUCGUGGCCUAUGGCUCGGCACUCGGCUUCAGAUGGAAGAUAUGUGCCGCGCUAUCGAGGCCAACAUAGACAAGUUGCGCCCUAUUGUCGACUCUAAGAUCUUUACACUAGAACAGACGAAGGAGGCAUACGAAUAUCUAGCCUCAGGGAAGCACCAGGGGAAGGUUUGCAUCGAAAUUGCGUAAUUUUAAAUAGGUACAUACAUAUAGGGUAUAUUGACGAUACUGAUUUGCUAUUCUUUAAACUAUCU